UAACACGGCAGCUUCCCUCAAGUUAUUUUUUGGCGUAGCAUUAUCUGUGUCCUCAGUUGAAUCCAGUCGACGUUACUUAAACCCCGAUGCUUUUCGAUGGCAAUAGCUGUAAUGUGGUCUUUCUAGUCAUCAUUACGGAGCACUGACUGCGCGUUUCAACUCAAACCUGGCGUCCGCGUACUGUCUUUGUAAAUCGCUCGUUUUUUCUUCAGCUGCGGACUGUUACACAGAAUGAAAAUUGUGACGCAGUUGUCUAAAACAUCUUUCUUUGCCCGCUGCAGUAGUGCUGUCGAGCUUUGCGGCACCUACGGUACCCGCAGCAAAAUGCCUGCGCAAUGCUUAUAAGCUAGUGGGCAUAUAAUGUUAGAUUUUUUUAAACAAUGACAAUUGCAUUCAAUCAGUUGUGUAUGUGUGUGUGUGUGUGUGUGUGUGUAAACGUUGGGGGGUAGAAGGGUCUAAAAGGAAUAGUUGUUCUGUCAGGGUCUGGGAGUUGUAGUCCAAUAUCCAAGCCGGCGCCGGGUUUUUAAUGGCUUCUUUGGGGGAAAUGGACUACAACGCCCAUGCUCCCAACUCUCCAGAUACUUUGUAAACUCUGUGCAAGUUGCGCGUCUGCGCUGCUAUUUUAGGUAUGAAGCUAGUGCUGUGUGUUCGACAGGGCGCUGGGUGAUCUGGUUCUGGGCCUUUGGAGAGAAAUGAUAAAAGCAAAGCUGUUCCCGUGGCAGCUCAUGAGCAGACGUGCAUAGACGUAACACGGCGUGAGGGUAGCACGCGUUGUCAGAUAGGUUCGAGUUCGCCUUGUCUUUCGAGAUUUUCAGCUGAAUUCCCACUUGACUACACUGGCCAGCAUCCAUAAGAUCCACCACACCUUGCAUAGGCUGAACCUGACAGAAGACGUUGGACAGGAUAAUCAUCCCUCAGCUUGCUGCUCCAGAGCCAUGCCACCUAGGAAAAAGAGGAGACCCUCUGCUGGGGAUGACAUGUCGGCCAAAAAGAGUCGCCAGGACAGCGUUUUCAGAAAACAUGAAACAUCACAAAUCUGCGAGGAGGAGACAUUUUCCAGUAAAAGAUGCUUGGAGUGGUUCUACGAAUAUGCAGGCUGCGAUGAUGUGGUUGGACCAGACGGCAUGGAGAAGUUCUGUGAGGACAUCGGUGUAGAGCCCGAGAAUGUGGUGAUGCUGGUUCUUGCUUGGAAGCUGGACGCCCAGAGUAUGGGGUAUUUCACUCUCCAGGAGUGGCUGAGAGGCAUGGGCUCGCUGCAGUGCGACUCAACAGAAAGACUGAGGAACUCACUGGACUACCUGAGAUCUGUCCUAAAUGACAGCACCAGCUUUAAGCUCAUUUAUAGAUAUGCCUUUGAUUUUGCUCGGGAAAAGGAUCAGAGGAGUUUGGACUUGAACACAGCAAAGUGCAUGCUGGGGCUUCUUCUGGGUAAGACGUGGCCGCUGUUUCCUGUGUUCAACCAGUUUUUAGAGCAAUCUAAGUACAAAGUCAUCAACAAAGACCAAUGGUGCAAUGUUUUAGAGUUCAGCAGGACAAUCAACCUGGACCUCAGUAACUAUGAUGAGGAUGGGGCUUGGCCAGUUUUGUUGGACGAGUUUGUGGAAUGGUACAAGGAAAGACAGAUGUUAUAGCUGCGAAGAAAAACGGGGGAAAAAUUCAACUGUGACAACAACAACUAUGAGAAUCUCCAACCAAUAAGUAAACAAUACAAAAAUAGCAAAGCAGUGGCUGUGGGUGCUUCCUGUUAAAGGAGGGUUUGGGGCGGUGGGUGGGUGGGCUUGGGUGGGGGUGCUGGGUUUGCAUUGCAUAGGUGCAUGCUGCCCAGAGCCUGGAGGCGGAGCGCUGUCAUUGCGGAGUUAUGUUCCCUACCCAAGUUGCAUAGUGGGCAAGCUUGCAGCAAUCCCCAGUGGCAUUGCUCUCUCUCACUGUGACAUGUCGUAUUGCUGUCUGUGUUAGGAUAACGUGGUGUCGUGUAAGGAUGAUGGGAGCAACAUGUUGUCGUGUGGAGCACCACUCGCCACCUCUUGUCUACAGCACAGAAAACAGCAGAAGUGAAUACUCACGCGCCGUGUCCCGAGUCUUAAAAGGUGUCACUCUGUUGACCUGGACACAUUUAAUUACAGAUCUGUGCAAUGGACUUGAACUCGAGCUUAUCUGGAGAGACGGAACUAGCUAUUAUUUCUCAUGGUUUGAGUCUGAUAUGUGUUCUUUUUAAGAAGCACACUGUGUCAAAUGGUUGAUCACGGGCUUCGCAUGCCUGUGCGUUUUACUGUUGAUUUGUGCCAGUUUCUGUUCCCUCCUGCUGUUUUGCUCGAGAUGAUGCUAGCAGUCUGCUACCCCUCCCGUGAAGGCUUCGGACCCUCGUAACACCAAACGAAUCAGCAUUGCUGCUUACUAGCUCUUAUUACAGUACAGCGGUGAGCCACCUGUGCUCUCAUCACCAUUUAUUGGUCUCGCGACCAGUUUAUGCAUCUACGUUGUGUAGGUAAGAGUAUUAUCGUGCCUCAAACUUUGGAAGUCACUUUGUGUGUCCCACACACAGACAACAACUCCAGUGUACAUACCUGGUGAGAAACACACCAACACACCUGUCCAUGCACACGCAGACACACUGAGUGGUCAGGGAAUAUUUCAGGAUGAUUUCAGACUGUGUUAUAAGUUGACAUAGAGCUAUUUGGUGUCCAUUUUGUCUUGAUAUGUGGCAUCUGUUUUGUCUUCCUUGGUCCACUGAUAGUUUCAGGUCUUACGAGUAGCAUCUCCCCAACACUGACAGUGUUAAUCUAACUACAGUGGAAGACCUGCGACCCUCUCAGGACAAGGUCCUUUAGGCUAAGUAGGACAGUAGGUUUGCUGAAAGCGUUGCUUCGUACCAACCCAGUAGGAUCUAAUCAAAACAAUGGACACUGACCGUUUUGAAAUCUGUGAUGAUGCUAUGCUGUUUCUUUUUGCCUAGUAUAAUGUUCUUGUAACCCAUGUAUAAAUUUUUGUCUUUGGCUGUGGUGUGAUGCUGAAUCGUCAGAUUUAAUAUUUGCAUGCAUGCUCCAACAGAGCCUUUUGUGAAUGGAUGAGAUUUUUUUUUUCAAAUGCAUUUUUGUUUUGUACAGGAAUUUGUGCAAGUGUUUUGUUUUUUUUUGUGCUUAAUUUGAUAUUCACAGUCAUGUUGUCUUAAUUCUGAUGAACCACAUGAUUGUGCAUAUUAAGACCUGGAAACACACCCGUAACCUCACGGUGGAACAGGUGUUCCCUCCUGCAUUUAACCCCUCUCACACGCCUCAUACAUGCUGUAAAGUGGCAAGUAGCAAGAGGUCUGAUUUUAUUUUAUUAGUUUUAUAACUUGUUUUGCAACGCCUGUGACGCGUCGCACACAAAUUUGGUGGGAAGGACGCGUCGGCUCUCGCGUCACGGACGUUCACAGCAGCUGAAACUUUCCGAACGUUUCUGCGGUCGUUUUAAUACUGUGAUCAUGAGCGUCGAAUCGAAGCUGCAGGUCGUUGUUGGAUCGCUUACCAAAUACUGUGUAGAGAGAAGUGUUGAAGCGUUUCUCCCAUGCCAGUGCAGGAGGAUGAACAGCCUUGUCCCAAGUGUAUAUAUGUAUGUAAACUAUGUAAGUGUCUGUAUGUUUGUUUUCAAUAUAACCUAUGUCUAUAUACAUAAAUAAAAGGGGUUUAUUAACUUA